AUGACAGAGGAGGGCGAGGAGGCAGACUUUGUCGGUGGAGGCCGCAAACCGUCUAGACGAGAACGCAUCCGUGAUCGACUAUUGAAGAAGGUAGAUAAACCAGAUAAACCAAAGGCGAAGCAGAUCGGUCACGAUGAGGCUCUUAACGACUUUUUGUUGAAGUCUCCGGGAGAAGGAGGUGAUGUCUUGCCACGAUUUCCCUCCCCAACAAGAAAACCGGUUCCUAGAAUUAACGUAUCGUCAUCACCUCGCUGGCCAGAGGCACAAAAUGUCACAUCAGGAGAGGCAGUCCCUCAGCCUACUGAUGACCAGGAAGCCACAGGGGUCUACGUUCCAACAAAGCCUAGGCGGCGAGAAGGACUGACAGUGAGCUUUACUAAGAAUGCUCCUGAGAUCAUAGGUGAGGGUGGUAAUGAGGCUGAGGCCCCUACGCUAUCAAUACAUCAGACAAGGCAGUCUGUGUCUGCGCAUACUUUCGCUCACGAUGGGCGUCCUCAGAACCAAGCAGCGUCUGCAGCUACCGUCUCAGAAACUAAUAUCCAUGCAAGUAGCACUCUUACCGAUCCGCCAGGACAGGAAUUCCGGCCUCAGAUCCUAGUGCGAGCUCCUACAGGCCUUGGAGAGGCAACAAGACCAGGAGAGAGCGCUAUCGCUGCGAGCAAAAGCAUGCAGGAUGCGGGAUUCGAGCGUACUGUGACAGGCAGAAACACAGCUCAACCUACAGCUCAAUCUAACCCCGGGCUACGGCUCUCUUCAGCAACAGGUUUGAAACAGAAAAUGCUAGAAGAGGAGGCUCGAGCUUUAACUUCCGCCCGCAGAGAUUCUCCACCUGAAUCCAUACUUCAUCGGCAGAAUGCGACACCGCCUAGAAAUUCUCGAGAAUAUCUCCCAGCUACAUCAGUGGCGCCACAAGCUCAACGGGAGGAUUCACCCAGCGCCCUAGCUAAUCUCCUCUCUCCUCAGGGUCAUUCUCCAUCACCGUCAAGGCCCUCCUCAUCCUCAUCAUACGGAAGCACCGAGCAGUCACUCGAAGUAGCACAAGGCCUCAGCCACAGAGCAACAUCCUCAAGAACAUCACCUAGACGCAAGCCUGUUCCUAAACCAUCAGCUCCUGAAUCGACAGAAGAUGCUCUGGCUGAGUUUAGGUCACGUGUCCGGCGCUACUAUGGGCUAUUUGUUCUAUCAGCAGAAAACACGGGGCCCGGCUUGGAUGCUUCUUUAUCCAGAUGGAUGCGAGCUGCUGCUUGGUGGUUCCUGACUGCCGAAACGAACUUCAAGCUAUUGAGGAGAGACUUGGAAGAAGGAGUCAAUAUCAUGCAGAUUUCGACGAGCAGACGACUCAUGCAAGCCGUCGUGGACCUUGCGAAGACAGCCUGGAUUCUCGAAGACAUUUUCUUGGACUAUGCUAAAGCAGAAUCGCUGGAUCUAUCAAAUCAAGAAGCCAUAGGUAGACUGAUAGAGUCCGACCCUCUUUCGCGCUUCUCGCGAACUUUGCAAUACUGGCAAGACCUGUCGAAACGACUUGAGAGCCUUGUGGCAGCGGUUCGUCGGAACGGCUUCAUGGCACCAUCUUCUGAAGAUGUACCUUUGUCUCCGGGGAUCGACUCGACAAUUUGGCUCACACACGCGGUCUUAGAACCUGGAGCCGCUGAUUGGUUUCGCUCUGCGAAUCCACCCUGGAUUCGGAUGGACCACACCGUAACGCCUGUCGAGCCUUUCGAUCUUGCAGAAGUCAUCCCUUUAAAUAGUACUACCAAUACGUUCCGGAUGAGAUCCAUGUUCUGUCAUAUUUCCGGCCGGUUCCAGAACCAAGAACGUACGGCAGUUGUACCAUGUAUAUUGACAAUUGCCCGUCGAAGAGGGUCGCACGCGCUUGUGCUAUUCAUGGCCAGUCAGGACCAUGAUGUCAACGUCGUUUUCGAAACAGAUCCUGUCCAUCGUGACCGCAUAGAAUGGCAGCAGACACUUGCUAGCGUCUUCUUCAAUUCUACGGGUGGAUUUCAAUUCCAGAUCCAGUUACAGCAGGCCGACUUCCUUCAUCUGAAGGAUUGUUACGAUCUUGCCAAGAGAGCAUUAUCUGGGACGGUACUUGAUGUCCAGGGAAAUGCAAACUUCCGCGAGAUAUUAGUCUUCAAGGCUACAGCGAAAACCUUUGAGCGCAGAUCUACAGAGAAAAUCAACAGUUUUCCGUAUGUGGGCGAGCAACGAGACUGCGAGAUCUUCCUCUUCGAGAAGACCGAGCUGCUUAGAGACAGAUCAACCACUCGUAAAGCCCAUCGAGGUUUCAGGCUGAGUGUAAUCCUCAGUCCUUAUGCUGCCAAUUUAGGGAUUCUCGAUGUGCAUAUCGGCGGGGACAAACCGAUCCUCUUACACUCUUCCCACGACAACAAUCCUCCACUAGUCGAACUGAUGGACUACCGGCGGGCAUCACUUCUCAUUCAAUUUCCACGCAAUAAAGAUUUUAAUGGGUUCUACGAACUUCUCACAAGCCUCAAUCAUUCUGCCAAUCAAGAGCCUCCUUUUGAGAACGUACCAUUGCAUUCAUUUUCUAUCGAACCGUCCUCAAGUGAGGCUAGGAUGUUUUUCAGUGCCGCACCAUGGAGAAAUGUUCAGAUCACGAUCGACAAGGGCCAAAACCAGGGACGGGAUCAUAUCACCAACACAGCAAAUCCUGCCCCUAUCAAUACCAGUGUCUUCUCCACCCAUGGUGUAUUUGCCGACAGGCUCUCACAGGGACGAUCGCAAGUCUACAUGGCAUUAAACACCACCGACCCAACAAUGCUCCACCUCCUUCGAAACGCGCAACAAGAUAUAAGCAUAGCCCUCCGCUUCCGCGCUGCACCUCCUACCGCCCCAGCUAUCGCCACGCAAAUCUUGUCCCAAUCCCGCACGCACCCAACGACAUGGAAAUACACCUUCGCCACCCCACACGACUUGCACACCUUCCAAAAGUGCCUAACCGGCUCCGAAGUGCUAUUCGACGGCACCGCAUCCUCCUUCCUCGUCUCCCGCGGCACCGGCCUCCGCACCAAGAAGGCCGACUUUGGUGUGACGAGAAUCCAGCUCUUGCACGACAGCCUCAAGCAGAGAUGGCAAAUGCUCACGUACUUCGAAGACGGAGGCCAAGCGAUGCAAUUCGGGCUGGAUGGGAACGAUGUCUUCGAACGCUCAAACAGCAAGGGCAAAUACAGCAUCAAGCUCGUGGAGGUGAAGAUCAGUCCACCUUCUCCAGCACCGGAGGAUGGUGGUGAUGAGAAGAAGGGUUUCCUCUGCGUGGAAGAGACACCCGAGGGGGAUGAAAGAGAUGAUAUCCUCAUCUCCUUCGAGGCAGAGGAGACCAGGGAUCGUUUGGCGCACGUCCUCCCCUCAGCGGUGAAGAAGACGUCUUCGUUGAUGGGGGCGCUGCAUCUGCGGUGA